UUCAUUCAUUCACCCAUUCAGUAUUUAUUAGCCACCGACUAAGUGCCAGACAGUAAGAUCCUGAGUAGUUUCUCUCCAUUUUUCAAAGCCGCUAAACGUGAGCCGAAAGCACAGUAUGUCCAGAACCAAGAAAUUCUGGUCCCGCCCUUUCUGCUUUUGGUCUAGUCUGCUCCUCCCAUCAUAGCUUCACUCAGAGGCGACCACUCGCUGGAGAAAAAAGAAAGCCGUAGUCAUCGCAUUCUCAAGCACAGUAGCCAAGAAGGCGUGAUCUAAUGGUACACCACCGGUCUGUUCUGCUUCAGUCUUGGGAUCCAUCCGGAACACUUUCAGAUAGGCUCCUCAGUAAGACGGCACUCGAUUGAACCUGCCUGUCUCCACAAUCCAAGUAGGCGGGUUAGCUGCGGCGGCUGCAAGGCCACAGCGAGUCCUUCCUGCGCACGCGCAGUAGACAGCCGAUGGAGCCACCGAUGGAGCCGUCCGGAGGGGAGCAAGAGCUGAGAGCCGUCAGGCUCCUGGACCUGCCCUGGGAAGACGUUCUACUCCCACACGUCCUGAGUCGGGUCCCGCUGCGCCAGUUGCUCCAGCUGCAACGCGUCAGCCGGGCCUUCCGGGCGCUAGUGCAGCUGCACCUGGCCGGGCUGCGCCGCUUCGACGCGGCUCAGGUGGGUCCGCAGAUCCCGCGGGCUGCACUGGCCUGGCUGCUGCGGGACGCCGAAGGGCUGCAGGAGCUGGCGCUAGCGCCGUGUCACGAAUGGCUGGCGGACGAGGAUCUGGUGCCGGUGCUAGCGCGGAAUCCGCAGCUGCGGAGUGUGGCGCUGGCCGGCUGCGGGCAACUGAGUCGCCGCGCGCUGGGGGCGCUGGCCGAGGGCUGCCCCCGCCUGCAGCGCCUGUCGCUCGCGCACUGUGACUGGGUAGACGGGUUGGCGCUGCGCGGCCUCGCAGACCGCUGCCCAGCCCUUGAAGAGCUGGACCUCACCGCCUGCCGUCAGCUCAAGGAUGAGGCCAUCGUGUACCUGGCGCAGAGGCGCGGCAAAGGCCUCCGUAGCCUCUCGCUAGCAGUCAACGCCAAUGUGGGGGACGCCGCGGUCCAGGAGCUGGCUCGGAAGUGUCCGAAACUCCAGCACCUCGACCUAACCGGCUGCCUCCGCGUGGGAAGCGACGGCGUCAGGACUUUGGCCGAGUACUGCCCCACGCUGCGCUCCCUCCGGGUGCGGCACUGCCACCAUGUGGCGGAGCCCAGCCUGAGCCGCUUGCGGAAGAGGGGUGUGGACAUCGACGUGGAGCCACCGCUGCACCAGGCCCUGGUGCUGUUGCAGGACAUGGUGGGCUUCGCACCUUUUGUCAACCUGCAGGUCUGACCGACCCUCCAGUGGGGCACAGCUGGACUGUGGGGACCCCUAUAGCGAGGGCAAAGCCCGGCCCCACCCUGGAGCUUCAAAUAAAGAGCUUUUU